UCCCCCUCUGCGGCGUCCGCUGAGCCGUCCCUCCGGCCCCCGCGCUCUCGAGCUCCCGCCCGACGAGGGUCUUCGUGCGCCUGCGCCCGGGGUGGGGGGCGCCGUCGCGCCGAGGCCUUCUCCUCAGUAUUUUAUUUUUCCCUGACCCCACUGCGGCUGUCUGGUCGGCGCUUGCGCAGAAGACUCAGCGCGGAGGCGGCCGAGUGGGCCGGGAGGGGGGCUGGGUGGGCUUACUUGGAAAGGCCCAAAGUCGAGGGUCUCCUCGCUACCCCGCGCCUCGAACCUGUCUAAAGCCACUGGGAAAAUGGUGGAAAAUUCACCGUCGCCAUUGCCAGAAAGAGCGAUUUAUGGCUUUGUUCUUUUCCUAAGUUCCCAGUUUGGUUUCAUACUUUAUCUUGUGUGGGCUUUUAUUCCUGAACCUUGGCUGCACUCCUUAGGCUUAACCUAUUGGCCUCAAAAAUAUUGGGCAGUGGCAUUACCUGUCUACCUCCUGAUAACAAUAGUGAUUGGUUAUCUACUCUUAUUUGGAAUUAACAUGAUGAGUACCUCUCCACUCAACUCCAUUCAUACAAUCACAGAUAACUAUGCUAAGAACCAACAGCAGAAGAAAUACCAAGAAGAGGCCAUCCCAGCAUUAAGAGACAUACCUAUUAGUGAAGUAAACCAAAGGUUCUUCCUUUUAGCCAAAGAAUUUUACACCAAAACCUGAGUCAUGUGUAAGCACACUGAAACCAAGCUUUUGUGUACAUAUUUUGGAAUAUUUUGGUCAUGAUUCUAUUAACUGUCUUAGUUAUAUCUCAUUUUGAAAAAUGAAAAUUGAUCUCAUAUUAAGUUCAAUUAUUAUAAUAAUGGAAAUGUUUUAAAAUAUGAGUUAUUAUUGGACAGAAUAAAAUGCAUUACUGCAUUACUC